CUAGGGGACCGAUCUGCGUAGAAGCGGGUGGCGGGGAAGAGAGGGGAGGAGACCUCUGAGUGGGAAGCGGAGCCGGGGGCCUGGGACCCAUCGCGUCAGAGCCAGGCAAGUGAACCGGAGCAAACGACUUCAGAUCCAGUCCGCGCUGCUGCGGCUCCCGUUUGGGAUUUGAUUUGCAGCAUCUUCGAGCCUGUGCAACAAAAAACCGCCAAGCACGCCCACCCCUACCCCGGCACCCCGAUACGCACCCACUCCCUCCCGGGGACACAGCUGGGCGCGUCCACACCCGGCACCCCCACACCAUGUUGUGCGGAAGGACUUCCACUCCCCGCCUGUGUCGUUGAUGUCAGACCCCAGGCCAGCCUCCGGGCGCUGCAGUUCUCCCGGCUAAUGCUGAGGCUGCGGCUCCAGCUCUAGCACAGGAACCAGCCGCUGCCGCGCCCGGCCCCAGCGCCCACCGUCUGCAUGUGCCCGCCGUAGCCUCCUGCCCUGCCCGCAGCCCGCGCUCCCCGGAGCGCUGGAGACCACCGCGGGGGGCCCCUUCUGUCCUCGGGAGAAGCGGUCUUGGAGGUAUUGAUUUUGGUGGUUGGAUUUUUUCCGUGGAUCUAUCAAUUCACAAUUCGAAUUUGGAAGAAAGAAGGAAAACAUGACGUCUCCAGCCAAAUUCAAAAAGGAUAAGGAGAUCAUAGCAGAGUACGAUACUCAGGUCAAAGAGAUCCGCGCUCAGCUCACAGAGCAGAUGAAAUGCCUGGACCAGCAGUGUGAGCUCCGGGUGCAGCUGUUGCAGGACCUCCAGGACUUCUUCCGAAAGAAGGCUGAGAUUGAGAUGGACUACUCCCGCAACCUGGAAAAGCUGGCAGAGCGCUUCCUGGCCAAGACGCGUAGCACCAAGGACCAGCAAUUCAAGAAGGAUCAGAAUGUUCUCUCUCCAGUCAACUGCUGGAAUCUCCUCUUAAACCAAGUGAAGCGGGAGAGCAGGGACCACACCACUCUGAGUGACAUCUACCUGAAUAAUAUCAUUCCUCGAUUUGUCCAAGUCAGCGAGGACUCAGGAAGACUCUUUAAAAAGAGUAAAGAAGUCGGCCAGCAGCUGCAAGAUGAUUUGAUGAAGGUCCUGAAUGAGCUCUACUCGGUCAUGAAGACAUAUCACAUGUACAAUGCUGACAGCAUCAGUGCUCAGAGCAAGCUAAAGGAGGCGGAGAAGCAGGAGGAGAAGCAAAUUGGCAAAUCAGUAAAGCAGGAGGACCGGCAGACCCCACGCUCCCCUGACUCCACGUCCAACGUCCGCAUUGAGGAGAAGCAUGUCCGGAGGAGCUCAGUGAAGAAGAUUGAGAAGAUGAAGGAGAAGCGCCAAGCCAAGUACACAGAGAAUAAACUGAAGGCCAUUAAAGCCCGGAAUGAGUACUUACUGGCUUUGGAGGCAACCAAUGCAUCUGUCUUCAAGUACUACAUCCACGAUCUGUCUGACCUUAUUGAUGGUGUUCAUCGACGUACAGACAGGUCACUUCUAUGUAACUGGCUAAGUGCAGCACUCGAGCAGUGCUGUGACUUAGGCUACCACGCUAGCCUGAACCGGGCGCUGCGCACCUUCCUCUCUGCUGAGCUGAAUCUGGAGCAGUCAAAGCAUGAGGGUCUGGACGCCAUUGAGAAUGCUGUAGAAAACCUGGAUGCCACCAGUGACAAGCAGCGCCUCAUGGAGAUGUACAACAGUGUCUUCUGCCCACCUAUGAAGUUUGAGUUCCAGCCUCACAUGGGGGACAUGGCUUCCCAGCUCUGUGCCCAGCAGCCUGUCCAGAGCGAGCUGGUCCAGAGAUGCCAACAACUGCAGUCUCGCUUAUCUACCCUAAAGAUUGAGAACGAAGAGGUAAAGAAGACAAUGGAGGCCACUCUGCAGACCAUCCAGGACAUUGUGACUGUUGAGGAUUUUGACGUGUCUGACUGCUUCCAGUACAGCAACUCUAUGGAGUCCGUCAAGUCCACAGUCUCAGAAACCUUCAUGAGCAAGCCUAGCAUCGCCAAGAGGAGAGCCAACCAGCAAGAGACAGAGCAGUUCUAUUUCACGAAAAUGAAGGAAUACCUGGAGGGCAGGAACCUCAUCACCAAGCUACAAGCCAAGCACGACCUUCUCCAGAAAACCCUGGGAGAAAGUCAGCGGACAGAUUGCAGUCUGGCCAGGCGUAGCUCAACCGUGAGGAAGCAGGAUUCCAGCCAGGCAAUUCCUCUGGUGGUAGAAAGCUGUAUCCGGUUUAUCAGCAGACACGGACUACAGCAUGAGGGAAUUUUCCGGGUAUCAGGAUCCCAGGUGGAAGUGAAUGACAUCAAAAACGCCUUUGAGAGAGGAGAGGACCCCCUGGCUGGGGACCAGAAUGACCAUGACAUGGACUCCAUAGCCGGUGUCCUGAAGCUUUACUUCCGGGGGCUGGAACACCCUCUCUUCCCCAAGGACAUCUUCCAUGACUUGAUGGCCUGCGUCACAGUGGACAACCUGCAGGAGAGAGCUCUGCAUAUCCGAAAGGUCCUCCUGGUCCUGCCCAAAACCACUCUGAUCAUCAUGAGAUACCUCUUUGCCUUCCUCAAUCAUUUAUCACAGUUCAGCGAAGAGAACAUGAUGGACCCCUACAACCUUGCCAUCUGCUUCGGGCCCUCACUGAUGUCAGUGCCUGAGGGCCACGACCAGGUGUCCUGCCAAGCCCACGUGAACGAGCUGAUCAAAACCAUCAUCAUCCAGCAUGAGAACAUCUUCCCCAACCCCAGGGAGCUGGAGGGCCCCAUCUACAGCAGAGGAGGAAGCACAGAGGAUUACUGUGACAGCCCUCACGGCGAGACUACCUCGGCUGAAGACUCAACCCAGGAUGUGACCGCAGAGCACCACACCAGCGAUGACGAGUGUGAGCCUAUUGAGGCCAUUGCCAAAUUUGACUACGUGGGCCGGACAGCCCGAGAGCUGUCCUUCAAGAAGGGGGCAUCCCUGCUGCUUUACCAGCGGGCUUCCGACGACUGGUGGGAAGGCCGGCAUAAUGGCAUCGACGGACUCAUCCCCCAUCAGUACAUCGUGGUCCAAGACACCGAGGACGGUGUCGUGGAGAGGUCCAGCCCAAAGUCUGAGAUUGAGGUCAUUUCUGAGCCACCUGAAGAAAAGGUGACAGCCAGAGCGGGGGCCAGCUGUCCCAGUGGGGGUCAUGUAGCCGAUAUUUAUCUUGCAAACAUCAACAAGCAGAGGAAGCGGCCAGAAUCUGGGAGCAUCCGGAAAACAUUUCGGAGCGACAGCCAUGGGCUGAGCAGUGCCCUAACUGACCCCGCCUCCCCGGGGGUAGGGGCUGGCUGCCGCCCAUCUUCCCAGCCCAUCGUGAGCCAGAGUCUCCCCAAGGAAGGGCCAGAUAAGUGUUCCAUCAGUGGGCACGGCAGCCUCAACUCCAUCAGCCGCCACUCAUCCUUGAAGAAUCGCCUGGACAGUCCACAGAUCCGGAAGACAGUGACAGCAGGAAGGUCAAAAAGCUUCAAUAACCAUCGGCCCGUGGACCCUGAGGUCAUUGCACAGGAUAUUGAGGCAACUAUGAACUCUGCCCUGAAUGAGCUGCGGGAGCUAGAGCGGCAGAGCAGUGUCAAGCACACCCCUGAUGUGGUUCUGGACACCUUGGAGCCCCUCAAAACUUCCCCAGUGGUGGCCCCCACAUCGGAGCCCUCCAGCCCCCUGCACACCCAGCUCCUCAAGGACCCUGAACCCGCCUUUCAGCGCAGUGCCAGUACUGCUGGGGACAUCGCAUGCGCCUUCCGGCCUGUCAAGUCUGUCAAGAUGGCUGCCCCGGUCAAGCCACCGGCCACACGACCCAAGCCCACUGUCUUCCCCAAAACAAAUGCCACUAGCCCUGGUGUCAACUCAUCAGCUUCCCCACAGGCCACUGACAAGUCUUGUACUGUCUGAGGGAUGUAAUUUAAUUGUUCUAGACAAGGGGACUGGAGGGACUGUUAUUAAAAUCUUCCUAUUUAACUAGCUUGGGGACUUCAGUUGAAAAUUAGAUUCUAAGUUGUUCUUGCAGGAAUUAGCCUUCCCAUCACCCAAAACCUUGAGAAUGAAGCCCUCAUUAUCACCCUGCCCUGCCCUUCCCACUGCCCUCUGCUUCCCCCAGUCGUCAUAAUCCAGCCAGCUGCAGUACAUACUGUUCUUAGGUUAGCCAGAGAUAGAUUUUUCCAUUAUCAGGUCACUGUGAAAUCUGGCUAGGCGAGUCAUGAGGAUGUGGGCUCAAGUCCCAGUCCCCUCAGACACAGGGGAUGUCUGACCAGAUGGUGGAUUGGCUACUGACAUCCAGCUCUCAGUGGCAUCUUGUUUUGGGUACUGAUUAUAGAGGAUCAUAUAUAGUCCAUUCUUCAUUUUACACACACACACACACACACACACACACACACACACACAGAGGAUCAUAUAUAGUCCAUUCUUCAUUUUACACACACACACACACAAACACACACACACACAGGUAGGUUUUUCUAGUCUCUGGCAUGUGUAGCCUCUCCUGGUCCUAGACCAGUCUCUGUGUAAGUUAUUGUGGCAGUUCACACAGGAGCCACCAGGAGUCUCUCUUUCUGUUACAAACCUUGUUCUGUCUGGGCCAGAGAACCUAGCCGUUGAAAUCUCGCCACCAUAUGAUAUUUAGCAGGAUGAGACUCCAUCAUGUAAUCUGUCUGGGGUUGGGGACUUCUCUCUGUCUUCUUUCUCUUUGUGUGAAUUGGUCAUUGGUGUUUGCUUUUGCCCUCCUCCAUCCUCUAGAACUACAACCCAAUCUUAUUAUGGAACUUCUAAAGUUUUUCUGAAUGUAUAGACAUUUCUCGGGUUCCUAUCUUAUCUUUGUCUCUGAUGGACUAUUUUCCAUUUAAGACAUUUUCCUGUAUAAGACAGUUUUCUAGGUGGUUCCUUUUAGGGUAAAGAGUCUUAAGAGAGUUUUAUUGUGUUUAUGGCAGGUUUGGAAAAGGUAAGAAAUGGGUCCCUCUUCCUCCCACUUUUUUGGGCACUUAAGACAUAAAAUUCAUUAUCUUAUUAAAAAAUUAAAUUCAGCUUUGCUAGCCCCGAAAUUGUUCCUAAAUGAAAACAUAUCCUAACUUCACCCCCUAGUUUGGUAUUCUACAGGUUCUCUCUUCAGGGACCAGUGGGGGCUUGGAGAGCCCUAGUUAGAUUAAAGAGAGACAUUGCCCCUUAAAGCCAGUUUUUAUUUAUCCAAACAAGGACAAAUAAAACAACUUUGACCCCACGGGCUCUAAAGUCUUCCCAAGGCCAGAAUCUAAGAAAAUAAAAAAUUGGACGCUAAAUAUUUUGGCCUUCCUUUGGCCUUUUUUCUGGUUUCCCUCCCAAAAGCAAAAAUGAUACCCUUAUCUGCUUUAAUCCACUCUCCAGAUCUGGUGUCCAUGGUCCUGGCUCCCUUCGCAUCGUGCUAUCCCAGGAGUAUCAGGGCUGGGGAUGGUCACACCAGGCUCAUGGGUCUCAGACAACUACUUGAGUAAAAGCUGAAACUCAUUCCUCUUCUCUGUUUUCUGGUUUUAAAGCUGCGCUUAUCGCCUUAGUUUUUCUACAGUUCAGGAGAGAUGGUGGGUUGCCAUUCAGAUAAGAAAAUUUGAAUUUUCUGAUCUUUGGCCUAGAAAAUUCUUUUUGGACCAACGUUUUGAAGGUAGUAGUUGGCUCUAUGGAAAGUGGUAGGAUUUUCCUCCUUCUUUGUGAAGGAAAAGAGGAGCUUUGUGGGAAAUCACUAAUUAGAGAGAGAACCUGCAGCACCAGGAAAACCAUCCCAGGAGCUGGAAGGGAGAACUGAAGAACUCCUUUGACAAAGUGAGUCAGCCUGGGGGAGGCGACCCCAGGCCUUGGGACUCUUGGCUGUUGUUGCUCUGUUGAGUGGCCUGUCCUUGUCUGUCACCUGGAUUUACAUAGGUCCUGAGCCAACAGGGGGCCCUCAUAGCCAAGGAUCUGUUUCCUUGCUGAAAAUGGAACCCCACCCUUCAUUUUACAUUCCUUUUGAUCCAGCUAAUCAAAAUUGCUCCUCAUGCCUGCCCUUUGCCCCUCUCUCCAGCAUACUCCUCUAAGAAAGGAAAAGCAAAGCUUUCGUAAUGACAACACUUUGGGCCUGUUCUGUUGCUCCUGCCUUAUUUCUCUUUCAGCCCUGGACAUGACUGUUCACCAUCCUCUCGGGCAGUGUCCAUCUGCUGAUCUGCAUCGUGAACUGGACGGUGUGUGAGUGGUCACCUCCUCCCCCGGCUCUGGGAGCCAAGUUGUCUCCCCUUUCUGGUGCUCCUGACACCUGUGAGAUGGUCCUGUUGAGAGGACUGGGAAGCCGGGGAGGAGAGUCCUCCACAGAGCUCACUGCAAUCAACUGGAAACGAGGUCGCACACUGUGAUUUUUACACCGAAAAGCCAAAAGGAGCUGGCCCCCGGGGCCUUGGGAGACCAGUCCUCCUCGGAUAUGCUUGCUGAAACCAGCAGGAUGCUUCCAAGAGCCCCACUCUGCGCUAUGAGGCAUGGAUCCUUUUCCUGGUGUGGACUCUGAGGGUUCAGUCUUUGGGGAACAGAGGUGGGGUGGAGCUACCAGCAUCCCAACUUGGAAAACAGAGGAGUUUGCAGCCAGCAGCCUGUAAACUGGAAACACUGGUCUCAGCCAACCUCCUCAGGGCACCCUGGUUUCUCCCCAAGGAGAUGAGGAGAGAUGACACCAGCAGCGGGAUGAAACAGACCACUGGAAGGGCUGGUGUACAUGCACUUCCUGCUCAGAAGAGAAGCUAGAUCUUCCAGGGAAUGGCAGUGUUGUGGCGUCUGACUUGUAUGUCAUGUUUGUGUAAAAUGGUAUAUUCUUUAAGAUAGUGUUGAUAACUGGAAUAUCGUAUGUAUGCUUGGAGAUGCUUUGUGUGAACCUAAGACUGUCACUCAACAGAUGUUGGAUUGGGGAAAAUCCAAAGCACAACUUCGAAAUAAAAUACGUUUUUAGGUUUCGAUGCUGCA